CUAAACGGAGCGAUAAUUCUGAUUUUCAGCGGAUACAAAACUCAAGAACGCGUCUAUUUGUAGACUGUAUUCACAGUCGUUUGAAUUUCCUUCCUAUAUGAUCCUUGUAGAAUUUCCUCUUUUUUUAUGCUAGAAAACCCCAUUAAUUUAUCAGAAAUUCCCGUUUACCGUUUUGUAGUUUGCUAGAAAAAUAAUAUCAACGGAAAUAAACAAAAGCAACCAACAUACCAAAGAACAAGAAGAAUCAUGUCACGACUCAGUGGAGCGCCUCUUCUGCGGUUCUCGCUUGUUGCGGGAUCAUUCCAGUUGUUGCUCCUGCGCAGCUUGAUUUUCGGAUCCCUGGUUUCCACUGGAGUCGAUUUGGUUUUCGCGGACCCAGGUCUAAAGUUUCUCAACAUGGCUGCCAGCAUGAAAAACGCGACCACGGUUUCCGCAGGGGACUUGGAGGUGUCUGCCCGCGCGACGUUCCUCCAGGCCAUGACGGGUUCUACCCAGGCCGAGCGACAGCAAGCAUGGACCGAGCUAGACACUGCCUUCAUCGGCACACAACAUGCAAAUACCGCCAACGAGCUGUUUCACCUGUUGGAAGUCUUGCAGGUUCACGAUUUGCUGGACAGUAGUUACGAUAACGAUGACGAGGACGGUGAAGAACCUGUUGACCACGGGGACGGCGAAGAUCGGCUUCGAAAUGAUGGCAGUAGUUCGCAGCUGCAAGAGGAUGAGAACGACAACAAUACUGGUGUUGACGAGGACGACAGUAAUGAACAUGCCCCUACUGGUGCCCGACCUGACCGCUUCGCCACCGCUCGCAGUCUUCUCGCUGACGCGGCUCUAGUGGCGUUGGAUGAGAGGCAAAAGAGCAAUCGACUCGUAAAAUUUCUAAAGAAAACCUUUCGCGGCCCGCUGCUGUGGUCAGAAGUCGUGCCGCAUCUUACGUUUUACAAAGUGAAGAGCGCUUCUAAGGGCCGCGAAGACGACCAAGACGCCGGCGCCACGCUUUUGGAAGCAGUGACGCGAUUUCUCGACUACCACAAGGUUGUGCCCUUCCACUUGCAGGGUCUCGACGACGCGAAGUACCAACAAAAGUAUCCACUGUCUCACUUGAUGCAGGUCGACUACGUUCCCGUAUACGAGGAACGCGCUCGCAACCUCGCACAAGUAACCGCCGCUCGCCUGCAAUGGGAGGCAAAAGCGAUCAGUGCUGAAGUCGCAAUUUUUUUGGGGCAGACAAUGCAAAAUGCGGAGGACCUGGUUUUUGCCGAGAAACUUCGCUUAGAUUCUCCGGACGAGGAGAAAACAAGCAGCAGCGUCGCCCGUCGCGCAGAAAAAAAAGGGAAGCAGGCUGUCGAAUGUAAGCGGACGGCGGCCACGGCGGAGCAUCGGUUUUUGCCCCGGUUGCGUCAAUUGCUGGUCACCGUCGGUCAAGUUUUGAACCAGAUGCAAGCGAGUCACGGGGGUCCGGUGAAAGCCAGGCACGUCCUCAAAUCGAUGGUCAACGGAAAGCCAGUGGAAGAGCAGGACUUCGGUAUUCAACUGCAUGAAACCUCGACGGACGUCCAACUGAAAAGCGUGUCUGCUUUGAAAGAAAUCGCGGAGCAAACUGGCGGAGUCCAUACCGAGAAGACGGUGUCGACGCUGGAGGAAGCGCAGGCAAUGACGAAAACCAUGGGUGUCUUCAGUUCCCAAUUGAAAUUGAAGUUGGCGGCCGCGUUGUGGAAUGUGCGAGCCAAAGCGCGUCAAACCAAGAAGGAAAUCGGGACUGCUGGGCCCCAGAAGACGAAAAAAGGCUUUCGAUUUUUUGGCCGGUUGUUCCAGGGACAAGAGGGACGACACUAAAUGCACUUAGAUGUUAGCCGCCCGACCUGGCUCCUCCUCCACGGAAUCUUCCGGACGGUUUCUUCGCGUUUGAGAUUGCACAUUUGAUUUGAGCAUUGCAAGUGCUUGUUUUUUGUUUUCUCUUAGGCUGGUAUGAAUGUCUUCAACUUCGCGAGCGAGAUUUUUCCUAAAUGACGAAGACGUCGUGAUUGGUAAGAGGAGCUGAAAGCCGUGUAGUAAAACUUCUUUUUUUUUUUACAAUUGCAUGAUAUUUUUGUAAAAUCAUAUUUUUUUGAAUCCCAUUGCUAUUUGCAACUUGAUGAGCAUGUGCUUUUCAACAUUCAUGUAGGGUUUGACAUUUGCGUAAAAGUUGUUUGCGCCUCGCUCUAUGUAGAAUUUGCGCCACCAACUAGAAGAAGUACAACUUCAUGCUUGAUGUUUAGCUUCUUACCGAUGUCAUUCUACCCCAACCUCAUCGCAAGGCAAGAGAAAAAAAUAAAAAGUUGAAAUGUAGAAUUUUUUUAUCGAGCAGGAAAAGAGACAGAUGCAGCUUGUUGUAGAAUCUUGCAUUAUUCUAAAGACAGAUAAGAUGAAAUAGUUUUAUUUAUUUGCUGCUAGUCCUUCUACUGUCGCGAGAACAUGGAAAACAUGUUGGAAACCGAACGAACAUGCAAGUUCGUGUUGGCCUGAACCCUAAAGGAAAGAAGACGGCGACUCACUAUCACGUCAGGAGUUGUAUGGGGUUCUUGCGGAGGUUUUUCUUUGAGCAACACCAUCUUGCACAAUCCGAGCUCGCUACCUUUCUUAU